ACUCGGAAACAGGCAAAUGCUCCUGGGUGUUGGAAAACCAGGUAAAGAAACUCCUUCCAAGGAUCCAACCAUAUCAAGUGAGUUUAUAGUCUCAUCUGAAGACAAGGAAAGAUGUUUCCUGCCACAGAACAUGACUCCAGAUCUGACGCUGUCCUUCAGUGUGAAGAGCCGCUCCCGGAGGUGUGUAAACGGCCUCCUGCAGGAAGCAGCUAGGAGGCGGCUCUGGGCCCUGGAGAAUGAGGACCAGGAGGUGCGUGCCCUGUUUCAGGACCUCUCAGCCAGGUUGGUGGGCAUCCAGUCCCAGAAGGCUCAGUUCCUUAUCACCUUCAAGACCAUGGAGGAAAUCUGGAAGUUUUCCACCUACUUGAACUUAGAGACCUGUCUUCAGUUCAAAGUGUGCUCCAUGGACCAGCAGCAUCGGCAUCAUGCGGAUCUU